AUGUCAACGUUGAUCAAACAACGUACACGCAAGUCGAAGACUACACCUGCGAAUUUUGAUUUUACCGGGAAGAACGCAGUCAUGGUUGUUGAUAAAAAGUCAACUAGAACAAAAAGAUCGGCGAAAAAAGACUGUUCGAAGUGCAAAAGAAUGCUGCCGAUAACGGACCGUUUGGAAAAUUCUAUUGACAUUUUGGAAAGUCUGUCAGAAGAGUUAAUCCGCACCGAAGACUGCAUUAAAAACGACAUGCGUUUUGUUGCAAAGGAUGGUAUUAAUCAAGAAAAAUUAGCGGCUAUGUCGACUAGUGAGUUAUCUAAUUAUGCCAGAUUUAUCGCCCUCCAACUGCAACUGCAAACUGUGCCGUCAUAA